AUGAGCUUGUCCUUCCGCUGCCUCCUCUCCCUCAGCCACCUGAUCCUCACCAGCGCCCUGGCGCAACUGCCCCCCGGAGCGCAACGCGGGCAGGCGGCCAGUGCCAGCAGCUCCAGCAACACCUCCUCCGCUGCAUCACCUUCCUCCCCCUCCUCCUCCUCCGCCUCCUUGGGAGCCCAAGGAAGCGAUCCGGAGAGAAGCAGCUUCCAGUGGAGCCCAUCCGGGCGCAGGACGGGCAGCCUCUAUUGCAGGGUGGGCAUUGGCUUCCAUCUGCAGAUCCACCCGGAUGGCAAAGUCAACGGCUCCCAUGAAGCCAAUCUCUUAAGUAUUUUGGAAAUAUUUGCUGUGUCUCAGGGGAUUGUAGGAAUACGAGGAGUUUUGAGCAACAAAUUUUUAGCGAUGUCAAAAAAAGGAAAACUCCAUGCAAGUGCCAAAUUUACAGAAGACUGCAAGUUCAGGGAGAGGUUUCAAGAAAACAGCUAUAACACAUAUGCUUCGGCAGUUUACAGGACCGAAAAGACUGGUAGAGAAUGGUAUGUGGCUUUGAACAAGAGAGGCAAAGCCAAAAGAGGCUGCAGUCCCCGGGUGAAACCCCAGCACAUCUCCACCCAUUUCCUUCCAAGGUUCAAACAGUCUGAGCAGCCAGAACUGUCCUUCACCGUCACUGUUCCUGAAAAGAAAAAGUCACCUGCCUCCACCCCAGCAAAACCAAAGGUUUCAUUGUCCGUGCCUCGGAAGAACCCCAACACUGUUAAAUACAGGCUGAAGUUUCGCUUUGGAUAG